AUGCCAGAAGACAAGGUCGGCCAGCACUACGGCGACGUGCGCCACGCGUUCGACCUGGACGCUUUGAACUCCUAUCUCACCUCAAACGUCCCCGACAUUGCGGCGCCCGUGACCGUCAAGCAAUUCUCUUUCGGCCAAUCCAAUCCGACGUACAUCCUUUUCGACAAGAACAAUGUGCGCUACGUGCUGCGCAAGAAACCGCCUGGAUCGCUCAUGUCGUCCACGGCUCACGCUGUCGAGCGCGAGUAUCGCAUUCUCAAGGCGCUUCACGACUACACUGCCGGCUUGCCGGAGGGCAGCAAAGACGCGGUCCCCGUACCAAAAGUGUUCUGCCUUUGUGAGGACAAGGCGGUUGUAGGCACCGCCUUCUACGUGAUGGCCUUUGUCGACGGAAGAAUCUUCGAAGACUACCGCUUCCUUCAGAUCUCCGACAAAGAGGAGCGCAAAAAGUGCUGGUUGUCCGCCAUCGACACCCUUGCCGCUUUGCACCGCGUCGACCCCUCCGCCAUCGGUCUCGGCGACUACGGCAAGCGGGAAGGCUUCUACACACGUCAGAUGAAGUCCCUCGGCCGCGUGUCGGCGAUCCAGGCCAAGAUUGAGGACCAGAGUACCGGUCAGCCUGUCGGUCCCCUACCAAGGGGCGAGGAUUUCCUCCGCUGGUUCGCACAGAACAUGCCCAAGGAUGAGAACACCAUCGUGCACGGAGACUACAAGAUCGACAACCUCAUCUACCACCCCACGGAGCCGCGCGUGAUCGGCAUCCUGGAUUGGGAGCUGUCCACGCUGGGACACCCGUUGAGCGAUCUCGGGAACCUGCUCCAGCCGUACAGCAUCCCGUGUAGCGAUGCAAGCACGAUCAAUGACGUGGAGAUCUGGGAGAAGAGCCGGAAGGAAGGGAGUCUGCUGCUGAGUUUGGGUGGGUUGACGGAGGACCAGUCGCCUGUACCGCUAGAGAGCACGUUGAUCAAGCAGUACUGCCAGGGAACCAACCGUUCGUACCCACUGGAGAACUGGACAGCCGCCAAAGCGUGGGCGUGGUUCCGGUUGGCUGUCAUCGCUCAAGGAAUCGCGGCGAGGAACGCACAGGGCCAGGCAAGUUCGGCGCAGGCAAAAGUCUACGGUUCGAAGUUCCCCUUGUGCGCACAGAACUGUUUUGUCGUCAUCGAUGGAGAUUCGAAGCCCAAGAGCAAGCUGUAG